AUGAGCCAAACCAAGGCCGAAGAGGCCAAAACCACGCGGUAUUACCAUUUGCUGUUGGGCAGCAGCGGCCUAUGUUUCAUUGGAAGACAUGAUUUAAAGCUAAGAGAGAUAAGUUGCGAUUGUGGUGAAAAGAAGAAAAUAAGUGAGGAAAUGAAAGAUGUAACCGGGAAAAAAAAAGUGCGAGAUAUGAAAGAUACCCUUUAUGAGGCGGAAGCGGGUCAGAUUCAGGAGUCGCACAUUUCCAUACAACAUGGAAUUUGGCAUUACGUACCCGGUUUUGUGCAAACUUCCAUGUUGCACGAAAGUCGUGUUAUUCCGGCAAAAAUUCCAUGUUGCACAUGGCAUGUUAUUUCGAAAAAAAAUGUAAAAGAGUGCAAAAAUUCCAUGUUGCACAAUAGUUUAUGGCUAAAAAGUGCGGAGAUUCCAAAAAUUAAAAAAUGUCUAGGAAAAACUUUCUAUAUUGACGAUCAAGGCAGAGUUUAUAAUAAAGAUGAUCUAAACUGCCCCGCCCUAAUUGGUCAUUUAACCGAUAUAAGCUUAAUGGACUCGUUAGGCACUUUAAUCUUAGACUCCUACCAGGUUGAAGUUUUAUCUUCUAAUCCUACAAAACGACACGAGUGCAUUUUCUGUGAAAAAGUAUUUCAGUCUCCGAGCGCGUUAAAAACUCAUAAAAACUCUCAUACUAGGGAAAAACGUAGGUCUAAAUAA